AUGUCCAGAUACAUAGACCAUAUUCCAAGCCCAGCUCAUUGUCGGCGAGUAAAGCUAAUCGUCCUCAGUUUCAGCCGCUCAGACACACUCGGGAUCUACAAUGCGUACAAUAUUCUUGGAUAUCGAUCCUAUCACAUACUUGAGGCAUUCAAAAACGGAAUCCAUCACAUGAAGAUCUUGAACGAAGCUUUGGAGUCAGGUCUGGCUAGGGAGGGCAAGCCUUUCAACAGAGAGGAUUUCGACAAGUGGUUCCACGGAUAUGAUGUCAUCACCGAGAUACCCUGCUACAUGGCACCCCAGUUUGUCGCUGCAUAUCCAGAAGCCAAAUUCCUCCUCGUCGAGCGAAAUCCUGGUGCUUUGGUGCGAUCUUGGAAGUCAACGACCUUUCAGUUCACAGAUGCUAUGAACUCAUUCCAACUUUCAAUCUUGAAGUACUUCGACCCGAUGCUGUACCAAGUUAGCAGAUUCUGGGGCAUAAUCCUCCCUGUGGUGACGAGUGGAAAGGGGACCACGGAUGAGGGAGAGAAAGCAUUGUACCAGUAUUAUGUUGACUAUCUGGCGAAGGUGAAGGAAAUUGUCCCUGCUGACAAGAUCUACGUCGUCCGGCUUGAAGACGGGUUGGGAUGGGAGCAACUAUGUCCUAUUCUGGAAAGAAACAUUCCGAACGACCCAUGGCCCAUGAGACAUAAUGCAGAUGAGUUUAAACAAGUAAUGGGGAGACCACUGGGACCCGGGGCUACGCGAGCCAUGUCCAGACUGGCAGCUGUGUUGGUUCCUGCGAUGGGCGUUGGGGCAUGGUAUUUAGUCAUGGAGGAUUGUGAUGUUGAUUGA